UUAAAUGUAACAUGCACUGUGUGAUUGGCUAGGUGGCGCAUGACGAUAUACGGAAGUAAUUUAGCUCUGUGUUGUGUGUGCAUGCGUUAAUUCAAAAUAUGGAACAAAAUAAUGACGGGAACUUGGCCCAGGUGCGGCAUGUUGUGUUGGUUCUGUCAGGGAAGGGUGGGGUGGGCAAGAGCACCAUCACCACAGAGUUGGCACUGGCGCUCAGGCACGCGGGCAAAAAGGUUGGAAUCCUGGACGUUGACCUGUGUGGGCCUAGUAUCCCCCGCAUGCUGAAUGUGGGCCAGACUGACGUGCACCAGUGUGACUCAGGAUGGGUGCCGGUCUACACUGAUGCUGAGAAGAGCCUGGCGCUCAUGUCCAUCGGCUUUCUGCUGGAGGACCCAGAUGAAGCAGUGGUGUGGAGGGGGCCAAAGAAAACGGCCAUGAUUGCCCAGUUUGUGUCGGAUGUAGCAUGGGGAGAGCUGGAUGUGCUGCUGGUGGACACACCGCCAGGGACUUCAGACGAGCAUUUGGCGGUACUGGAGAACCUUAAAAAACACAAAGUGGAUGGAGCAGUUUUGGUCACCACCCCUCAGGCAGUAUCCACGGGGGAUGUGAGGAGAGAGAUCACCUUCUGUAAGAAGACGGGUGUACGGAUCCUGGGCAUCAUCGAGAACAUGAGUGGAUUUGUUUGUCCACACUGCUCAGAGUGCAGCAAUAUAUUCUCAAAAGGUGGGGGUGAAGAGUUAGCCAAGCUGACCGGAUCCGUUUUCCUAGGUUGUGUGCCCUUGGAUCCUCUGCUCAGCACCUGUAUAGAGGAGGGCAAAGACUUCAUGCAGUCAUUUCCAGACAGCGCCACCUUCAGUGCCAUCAGCAGCAUUUCUCAGACUCUGCUUGACAGCCUCCAAGCCUCUUGAGCCAUGUUUAACUGUAUUUUGCUAACACACUCUCAGUACAUAGGCUCUGUAAAAAGUAAUGUUGAACAGUCAUUGUGCAGAUGUAAUGAUUUCUAUGCUGCAUUUGUCCUGUACAGUAAACUAUUUACUGAUUAUUUUUAUACCUGGCAACAGUCAGAUGCAGGCUUUGUCUGAGUUUGUAAUUCAUGAGUUGUUAACCAGUGUAAAGAUUAUCAGCUCUCACCUCAGUGAAGACAUGAACCCUGUAAAAAAAAUAUAUUUUGCAGCCAAGUCAUGUUGUCAAUGUAAGACUUGCGUGUCACAGUAAAAUAAAUGAUACUGUGUUUGGAAGCCAGUCAAAUCUAAGUUGGAAUCUUCUUUAAUUCGAUUGUGACAGACAUGUCCACAUCAGGAUAACUUCAGUAUCAGUGGUAAUACAGGAUUGGAGAUUGGCGCUUUAGUUAAUGCGUCAGCAGCAGUUCCAUUUUCAGAAAACAACCCCCAGAUCAAAUAGGACCAGUCCUUGUAUGAAACUAGGCCAAACACUAAUCUCACUAGAUUCCUACUGCAUGCUACAAACCAUAGCAAACAAGUCUUCUUAAUUUUCUUAAUUAUUUAAUUUUUUUUUGUGGGCCUAAGACAUGACAUUUUGAUCUGGUUUAAAUCUUCUGAAACUAGCCUGCUCUUCAGCUUCGUAUCCAACAGCAACAAAACACUGAAACCCAUGCAGGACCUAAAUGACUGGAAUGUGGAAGUACAGCCACAGAUGGGAGGGGGUGAAGAAGAUGGAGAUGAAAUUUGGAAAUUACACUUGUGAGACCCAAUACGGGGCGCACACACACCUUUAAUGCAAAUAACAGUACUACAGGAAAAACACUGAAGUUUGAGAAUGUUUGCUUAAUGAUUAGAAUACAGCUACACACAAAACUCCCACUUCACCAGCAACAUACUAAAGG